GUUGAAGUCAUAGCCCUUGAUACGGGGCAUGUCGUCUGGGAGGGCCGUGCUGGGCAUCAGCACCGCAUCCAUGGCCACGAAGGGGGCGUGUUGUUCCGCCAUGCCGUCUGUCAAACACAAGGAAACAAAUCAAAAAGUGGAAAGAGGUGGAGUUUCAGCUUGCUGUCGGACUAAAAGUGGGAGUCUCUCUGGAGGAGGGGAUGUCAGGGAGGGUGUGCAGCAAUAACAGUGUGAUGCAGGCACGGAGGACUGUGGAACAACUACGAGUGGAGGCAAGCAUGGAGAGGAUCAAGAUCUCCACAGCAGCUGCCCAGCUGGUGCAGUACUGUCAGGAGCACAGUCGCAGUGACCCCCUCCUCACCGGCAUCUCUGCCUCCUCCAACCCCUUCAAAGACAAGAAGACCUGUGUCCUGCUGUAGAAAGGCUGCCCCGGGACACCGCUCUCUGGUGCUGCAUUCAACAGUGCUUCAUCAUCAACAGUGAAACGUUUUGAUGCCAGGCUACUUCAUCAUGUCCUACUUCAACAUGUCCUACUUCAACAUGUCAGACAAGACAUUAACGUGUUGGCUAAAGCAUAAACUGACUGGUUGGUACAGUACUGGUCAUGCUGUAACUUCAGCAUGUGGCUUGCAGUCCAGAAUGUCUCAAUAACAAAAGUAGCAAACUGUUCACAUCUUCUUCUUGACAUUACAGAACCACAGGGUAAACAAUGAAUUGAUUGAGUGUAAACAUUUUAUUCAUAACAAAAGAAAUCACACAUCGCAUAUUCACAAAAGCAUAUUUACAAAAUGUGAAUCAUUUAGGUAUUUUUAUGCAGUCAGAGGACUAUCUUGCAGCAGGUGAAGAAGGGUCGCAGAUAAGGAGUUGUCAUGGAGAUUGAUUGUUGCUAAGGACAGACACUGUUGCCUCAGACUAUCAGUGUGUGUAAUAAAAAAAACUUGUAACAAA